AGUAUAAGAAUGGACUCAAUGAACAAUAUUAGUUCACAAGUCAAAAUUGAAAAGGAAACAGCACCCUUUACUAAACAUGGACAAGAAGCCGCAUGUAGUGUGUAUACCAUUUCCCGCACAAGGUCAUGUAAUACCCUUCAUGAAAUUAGCCAAGAUUUUGCACUCAAGAGGCUUCUAUAUAACAUUUGUCAACACUGAAUAUAACCAUAGACGCCUAAUCCGAUCCCAAGGCCCUGACUUUGUGAAAGGCUUCCAGGAUUUCCAAUUUGAAACUAUCCCAGAAGGAUUGCCACCAUCAGAUCGCAAUGCAAAUCAAGAUCCUGCUUCGUUAUGUGACUCGAUUAGGAAGAACUGCUUGAAUCCUUUUCGGGAUUUACUAUCAAAGCUUGUUUCAUCACCGGUCAUACCACCAAUUUCUUGUAUAAUAUCAGAUGGACUAAUGAGCUUUGCAAUUAAGGCUGCACAAGAAUUUGGCAUCCGUGAUGUACAAUUUUGGACAGCCUCAGCUUGUGGUUAUAUGGGAUACCUUCAAUAUGAUGAACUAAGAAGAAGAGGGAUCAUCCCACUUAAAGAUGACAGUUUUAUGGAGGAUGGUACGCUAAAUACAAUUGUCGAUGGGAUUCCAGGAAUGAGAAACAUUAGGUUGAAGGACUUGCCAAGCUUUAUUAUGACUACGGAUCCAAGUGAUAUUCUGCUAAACUAUUUAAGUGAUGAAGCACAAAAUUGCUUGAAAUCAUCUGCAAUGAUCAUCAACACAUUCACUGAAUUGGAACGUGAAGUCCUGGAAGCGAUUGAAGCUAGAUUCCCAACUAUUUAUGUUACAGGUCCACUUUCACUGAUGGAAAAAACCAUCCCAGAAAACAAAUUGAUCUCAUUUAGGCCAAGUUUAUGGAAAGAAGAAUUUCAAUGUCUUGAGUGGUUGAAUAAACAGAAACCAAGCUCGGUAAUCUACGUGAAUUAUGGAUGUGUGACUUUAAUGUCAGACCAUCACCUGAACGAAUUUGCGUGGGGACUUGCAAAUAGCAAGCACCCAUUCUUGUGGAUCGUUAGGCCAGACAUAGUGAUGGGGGAUUCAGCAGUGUUGCCUGAUGAGUUUCUUGAAGAGAUUAAAGACAGGGGGUUAUUAGCAAGCUGGUGUCCACAAGAUCAAGUUCUUUCCCACCCGUCUAUUGGUGUUUUUCUAACACAUUGUGGAUGGAACUCUAUGAUUGAAAGCAUAGGUUCAGGGGUUCCUCUAAUUUGCUGGCCAUUCUUUGCUGAGCAACAAACAAAUUGUCGAUAUGCUUGUGCAGAGUGGGGAAUAGGUGUUGAGGUCAAUCAAGAUAUCAAGCGUCAAGAAAUCGAACUAGUUAUUAAAGAUAUGUUAGAAGGUAAAAAAGGUAAGGAGUUGAAAGACAAAACGUUGGAGUGGAAGAAGAAAGCAGUAGAAGCAACUGAUAUUGGAGGGCCUUCAUGGAAACACUUUGAUACAUUCUUGGAAAAACUUUUUAAAUAAACAAUUUCUAAGCAAGAGAAAAAUCUAAUAAGCAAUUGUUAGCUAAUCUUGUUUUCUUUAAAUAAAUUGUCUUUAACUGAAUCAGAGAAAGAAUAUGGAGCUGAAUGUUGAUCUCUUUUCUAGUCUUUUUCUGUUUUUUUGCUAUUAAAUUCCCGAAAUGUGUAUAUCUUAAUCAUUACCACAGAAUUUUUACUUGAGGCAUAAAUAA